ACUAUCCUCCUUGAAUGGUUGAAGGGAGAAAAAGAAUUCUGAAGUCACGAGGAAAACAAACAAGAAAUAUGAGCACCUUAAAUCAAAGAAGUUUAAUACAGAGCAUCAUGACGGCUCAAUGUGGCAUUGUUAAAAUGCAACAUCACGAGCAACAAGAACUAUGCCAAACCAGAGCACCUUACAGACAGGGACGAAAACUAACUGCUGUCAAGGUAUACACAGUAAACGACGAAUCUUCGCAUAUAAUAAUAAAUGGUGUGCCAAAGUUACAAUUGUUGGGUGAUGUCAGUAAAAUGGUAACUCCGUAUGGUUCUGUAAAAAGAAUCGAGUUGAUUCUGGAUUAUCCAGUUGAGGAGUUCACUGAAGCGUUUCAUAUAAAUUUUGAGCGUAUUCAAAGUGCAAGAAUAGCUAAACGCUUCAUAGAUGGCAAGAAUUUCUUUGGUGGCUUGUUGCAUGUAUUUUAUGCACCUGAACUGGAAACUGUAGCGGAAACACGGAAAAAGCUUGUGCAAAGACGAAGAGACAUAGCAAUUAGGAUCAAAAGGCAUAAAGAGGAUCCAACAAAUUUAGACACUGAUGAAUUUGAACCCAGAGAGCAAUAUCAUCGGAAAAAAAAAUAUCCAACAUUGCCAUUAACCGAGAAAAGGCUACUGCAUCAAUAUCAGACUGAAACGCUGAGCACCAUUUACAAGGGCAUUCCUCGCAGCAUAGACCCUCGCCCUAUAAGUGAACCUUCGCUUCCAAAAAAUUGGAAUGAAACGAGAAAGGCAGAGUUGAAUUUGAAUGAUCUUGCAACUCCUUAUGAUGGAACAGAUAUUUUAGGACGUUCGAUCCUUACUCAAAAGAAAAAAAAUUAUCGCGGUCGUCCUAUAAACAAAGAAGUCAAAGUAUCGGUGGUUCGGCCACAGAUUAUAGACACCACAAAACUUGCAGGUUUCAUGGAAAAAACAGAUAAACAAAUAUUCCCAGUAGUUAAAAAAGUUGAAAGUGGAAUAACGAUUAAGGUUUUAAAACAAAAAAUUGAUGACGGAAAAAAAAGAAUAGUAAUGAAAGAUCCAAGUGCUUCCCUAUUGGUUCAACCUAGCAACGACUUACAAGAAUCUAUUAAAACGAUCAAAUCAAAUAUACGGAAAGCUAUGAAAAAUAAUUAAAAUGGCCUAACACGAAUGAAAGGUCUUAAUAUAAUAAGGCCACUUGUACAGUAUAAUUUUCAUUUAAUAAAAUAUAAAUUAUCGUAAGGCAUGUUAACUUUUUUGCAGAAAAAAGUCCAAUAAAUAACGUGGAGUUGUAUAAUUAGUCGAUUAUUAAUUCAUAAGUGAAAAAAUACGCAGAAAUAAACUCUUUUUCUAUUA